ACCGGGCGCCCGGGGCCUCCCAAGAUGGCCUCGGUGGCCGCCCGCGCUCGCCACCGUGAACCCGUGAUUGCGGACCUCGCGACUGUGCGCGCCGCUCAAGCCCGGGCUUGCCGAUCGCCGCCGGGCUUCGGUAGUGGCGACCCGGUCGGCGGAGGGGGACUCUGACUCGGCCCCGAGGCGGGCUGCGCGUGGGGCGGUCCGCUCUUGGGCUGGAGCAACAGGAGCUGCUGGGCAGAACUGCGCGGCUCCUGUUGAGCGAGCAGCCCUGCACCAUUCCACCGCUGGCGAGCUGAAAUUUCCACGGUGUCGGAACGGUCUGUGCGGUGACCAGAGCAGUUCUGUGGUGUUCUCGGUCACACAUUUAUGGAGUUUCUGAAGGGCAGUGGAGAUUACUGCCAGGCACAGCACGACCUCUAUGCAGACAAGUGAACUGUAGAAAUUCAUUACUACUCCACCAAGAAACCCCCAUAAGAGUGGAUAACCUGGACACAGGCGUGUUGAAUUGAAAUCUGCAGAGCAUUUGACAAGAGCUCAGACCUGGAUGGGGUAAACCUCAGUGCACUUCCUUUGUAUUGCCUCAGUAUUACUGGAUUGAAGACUCACUGCUUCUUGUUAGGAGGUUCAUUUCAUUGCCCGUUUCUCCCAAUUCAUACUCAAGCACUGAGAAUUUCAAGUGGAGUAUAUUGAAUAUUGAAGUAGACUUCAGGUUGUUUUUUGGUUUUGUUUUGGUUUUUUUUUUUUUUUUUUCUGUUUUGGUUUUAAAUCAUUUCUGUAUUCAAUUUUUUAAUUCUUUCAUAACCCUAUUGGGUGUUUUUUUAAACUAAAUUAACAUGGCUCGAAUGAACCGCCCUGCUCCUGUGGAAGUCACAUACAAGAACAUGCGAUUUCUUAUUACACACAAUCCAACCAAUGCGACCUUAAACAAAUUUAUAGAGGAACUUAAGAAGUAUGGAGUUACCACAAUAGUAAGAGUAUGUGAAGCAACUUACGACACUACUCUUGUGGAGAAAGAAGGCAUUCAUGUUCUUGACUGGCCUUUUGAUGAUGGUGCACCACCAUCCAACCAGAUUGUCGAUGACUGGCUAAGUCUUGUGAAGAUUAAGUUUCGUGAAGAACCUGGUUGCUGUAUUGCUGUCCAUUGUGUCGCAGGCCUUGGCAGAGCUCCGGUGCUUGUUGCCCUAGCAUUAAUUGAAGGUGGAAUGAAAUAUGAAGAUGCAGUACAAUUCAUAAGACAAAAGCGGCGUGGAGCUUUUAACAGCAAGCAACUUUUGUAUCUGGAGAAGUACCGUCCGAAAAUGCGGCUCCGCUUCAAGGAUUCCAAUGGUCAUAGAAACAACUGUUGUAUUCAAUAAAACUGGGGUGCCUGAUGCCAUUGCCUUGGAAGUGGAACUUCAGAUGGGACCUGAUUUGUCAUGCAUAUUACCCAAUGUGUCGGCUUACUGAAUAAGUCUACUGCAGCUCCACAGGAAUACUGAAAAACCAGUCUUACCAGGCCACAAGUUUGACAGAAUUGCAACCUCUAUAUUUGGGCUAUGAUCAACAUGUUUGGACACUUAGCAAAAGAUUUUUGCUGGUCAGCAUUUAAAAUGUGCUUAUUAUUUGUACCAAUUGACCUUUCCUAAAAUAAGGUAUUGAGUUAUGUCAUUAAAUGUACUCCUGUGCCAGAAUAUUAUUAGUCUAUAAGGAAUUUAGAAGGAUUAGGUGCCAAAAUACCCAGCACAAUACUUGUAUAUUUUUAGCAUCAUACAGAACCAAAAUUGCAGGAACUGAGAACUCUAGACCAUCCAUGGUGUAUUCCUUCAGUCAUUUCAAACACUGCAGGGCUUCUCUCGUUAUCUGCCUGCUCACUCUGUUUACAUCUCCCACACUUAUGCCAGAAUACGUCAGGUUUGCUUAGCCAUCCUUUAUUUUUUUUAUUUUUUUUUUUAACUAAGUCUUGCGCUGAUUAUUUAAUAUGUCUGUCUCAUUUUGUUUUGUUUUGGGAAACCUCUGUUUGAAAAUCAACUUUGUUACAGAAGCACAUAUCUUCAACAAUGUCUCCAGACAAAAAGCCUUAUAGUUAAUUUAAUGUUUGCACUCAGAAGUGCAACCUAACAGGGAGGGCCUGAAAAAGAAACGAGAGGAGGCUAUUAAAUAUUUUUAGUAAUAUGUUGCCUUUGUCAUGUGCAGAACAUGUAGAGUAUGCUCUUUAAUUUAGUAAAUAUUUUUAAGACAUAGAGAUACAUUGUUGUAGCUAACCAAUUCUUAAUCAAAAUUUCUGAAAUUUUUGUGUUUUCCAUACCUAUCAGAAGUUUUCCAGCUUGUUUGAAUUAUGGCUUUCCUCUUCCCAAUCUCUUGCAAAAAAGACAAAGUGGGAUGGAUCUGCUAGUGAACUGAGCAGAAAUGUUUUAUACGCCUUUUGAGCUAUGUAACUUAAUAAUUGGAUACUUGAUCAUUUGUUUUAUUAUGUAAUCGAUAAAAUGGUGAUGUGUAUUAAAGUUAGUUCAACCAUAUAUUUAUACUGUCUGGGAAUGUGUGGUUAUAGUUCUGUGGGAGAAAUAGUUUGUCAGUGUUCACCAGCUUGUAAAAACUUAGUAUGAGAGCUUCAACAUUUAAAUAAAUGAUGAACCGCAUUCGUCACUGAGGACACUUUUGCCUAAAAUUAACUUAAUUUGUAGAAAACAAUGGAUUCAGUUAAUAUCAUUUCAAUUUAUGGAAAAAAUUGUUAGGGUUGCCAAGUGCUUUUUAUUAAAAGUUUCUCUUUAAAGGUCUAGAUAAUUGUGAAUCAGUUGAAUGUUGGGCACCGAGGGGAAACAGUUUGUAAUAGAUGAUCUAGAUUUUUCAGUUCAGUUCCAUCAGUCACUUGUAGCUCUGCAAUUUCCAGACCAGUUUUCUCAUUUUUAAGUUCAUUACAUGCCUGUAUAUAUUUUGAAAUUAAUUUGAACCUGAGUAUUUGGCACAUGAUGGCUUAAUAAAUUUUAACUUUCAAUAAUCUGAAAUGUUUCCUUUUCCUAGUUCAUGCUCGUGUUAGAUAAAUAGGAUUUUUUGAAAUUUUGAAAAAAGGAUAUUUCAUCUUACACAUUUAAGGCUUUACAUGCGAAUCUAGCACUUAAAACGUGCUGGUCUAUAGGCCUUUGCUUCUUUACUAAAUGAUACACUAUUGCCACACAGCCCAUAAGUAAACAUGCUUUUUGGGAGAAGAAAGGUGCUGUCAUGACUACUGAAAGUUUUGACUUUAUUAGGUUGUAUAUAUGGUGCUAGAAGUCACUUGCAUUAUAAACUUACCUGUAUGUUACAAACUGAGAUUUGCUUUAUAUUUUCUAUCUGUGAGUACACUAUCAUUCUGCAAUAACAUCCAAGAAAUACCUUGGGUCUAAUAAGAAUUUAAAGACUUAUAAGCUGCAUUCUUAAAUGCAAGUUGGCUGUUAUAAAUUUAACUUCCUAGGAGGUUGGGGUAUAUAUAUAUAUAUAUAUAUAGCUCAGUGAAUGAAUGCUUGCCUAGCACACAGGAAGCCCUGAGUUUAAUUCCCAGUGUCAGAUAAAUCAUGCAUAGUGGUAUGCAGAGAUUAGAAAUCCAAGGUCAUCCUUAGCUACAUAAUUUAGCUAGCCUGGUCUACAUGAAAUGCUGUGUCUAAAUGUACUAUGCCUGCUUAAGCUGGGGCACUUUUACUAGAUAACAUAGUGACUACUUGCUCUGGCUUCUGAAUUGGGAUCACAAUGAUACUGAGGCAAGUGAUGUGAUUACUCAUUCAGGAGAAGAGGCCGUCUCCACUAAGAGGUACCAUAAAAUAGAUGCCAGCAGUCAUUGUGCCCACUGAGAUCAAGGUCAGAGCUUUCUACACCCAGACAACUAACUGCCUGCCUAGUGAUCACAUUGCAUGUGCUCAAGUUCCAGAGUGUUGUAAAUGAUAACCGGCCCCAUAGCCUAGCUGUAAUCGCAAUCCUGGGAUCUGUUGUGUUACAGUCAUCUGGCAAAUAUCUGCUCCUGAUAUUUAGGAAUACUGCAAAGGGUUUAGAAUUGGGUGCCAGAUUCUGUUAAUUAUCGCACUCCUUACCAGUAACAAUUUUUUUGUAUUGAAGUUUCAGGAAAUGUUAAUUUGGUGAGAAUGCUUCAAAUGGAAGUGACUUGGUUUCUUAAUUUAUAAGUGAAAGGUUAAAAUACACAAAUUAGUAUCUGCUGUACACAUUUAUACCCCACAUUCUUGAGUCCUUGAAUUAAUGGUGUGUCUGCAUUUUUAACUCAUGAAUUGGAAAUUAAAGACUUGCUUUAAAAGUG